UCAGACAUUUGGUCAUGGACUGGAUUAACGUCCCACGACCUCAUUCGUCAAAACGCAGUGAGCACCAUUCAAUAGAGGUUAAAUGUAUCCGAAAUUUGGGAAAUGGAAUAUGACGGAAAUGGACAGUAGGAAUGGGUCAUUUAACAAUGGCAUAUGAAUUAAGAUACAGUACAAACAAAUGGAAUUACUGAAUGUGAUCCCCGGUGAGGAGAAGGGAGCGAUCUCUGAAUUCCAUUUUCUUGGUUUGUUCUGGGCGCCACUCUGUCAACUAAGUACUCUUCAUUUGCAGGCCCUUUAAUUUGGUUUACAAAGUUCCCAGUGACACUAGGCUUUGGCAUCAUUCAAAUAUGUUUUAAGCACAAUUGCCCCUCAAAUCAAGUUAUCCAUAUGUAGUUGCUUAUUAAAGACUCAGGGAGAAGCUUCUUUUAUAGCUAUUUUGUUCCACAAAAGUGGAAUCUGAACUGGCUGUAGAGAUAAUAUCCUUAUUUUUAGUCUUGCAACUACCUUAAUGGCAUUGUUUUCCCUCGCUUGUUCAUUUAUUAUUUAUGUUUGUACAUAUCCAUGACCCAUCUUCAACAUAAGUCUUUUGAUUUUAUUGUUAUAUAGAUUUCCUUUUCCACCACGUAUUCCCAAAAUGGUAACUGCAGUAUAUAUCAGCAAUGCGGGGCAACUAGUAGGGGACACCCUGGAGUGGUCACCCGUCAUGUAUAGACAAAGUACAACCCACACACUCGCACGGCUACAGACAAUAUAGAAUAAUCAAUAAACCUCUGUUGUUUUUCAGGCUGUGGGAGGGAAUUUGAAUGCUUUGAUUGGAGCUUCAUUCAGGACUCUAAUGGCCCUGCUUUUUCAUAAUCUUAAAGUAAUUUGAUUUCCAUUUUAACUAGAAAUGCAAGCUUCCGUCUAUUCCCAACACAGUGACAAAGUAUCAUGAAAAAAAAAAAAAUCAGGAAUCCUGGUUCCAGAUGGUGCUUGAUCUGGAUCACUCCCAAAAAAAAUAAAAUAUACAAAAUAAUAAAUAGAAUUAAAUGUGUUCCUUAUCCCAGUUCACAUUUUAUCCUAGUUUGCUCAUCAAAUUUCACUUCAAUAAAUCGUGCUUUAUUUAAUUUCCUUUUGAUGCAAUGUCUCACCUGUGGGUUCCUUGAAUUGUAUUUAAAUGUAAGAAAUCAAUACUGCAGUAAAUACAGCACUCCAACACGUUCAUCAUCGCUGUGACGCAAACAAGAUUACGCGGAAUCUCGCGGGAAUAAAUCGGACGUGAUUUGGCUUUGGGGAGGGAGGGUUUCAUGGAGAGCAGGCGAGACAAAACAAAAGGCACACAUUUCAACCAAGAGGCGCUGGUCGCUCUGUGAUUGUUUCCCCCCUUUUUUUUUUACUACAUUCAAUAUUUUAUUAUUAUUAUUUUUUGUAUUAUCUAUUUAAGAGACCGGCGACAGAGGUUUUGCACCAUGCCUAGUAGCACGUCUUUGCUGGAGGCCGACGAGGGAGAGUCCGAAGUCCCAGCACCGUUAGUGCACGCGUUCGCCGGUAUGGGCCUCGAAGAGCACAUCGGAACCCAAAGCCAGAACAUCGAACAAACCGACGAAAGCCUCCCAUUCCACCGCCACCGAACGGCCCCUCAAUUCAGUAUCCUCGGUACGGUUCUGGACUUGAAGCCCCUACCGAGACAUCGGACGUCCUCGGGGGAUGAAGCUAUGAUGACUGCAGCGCCUGAAGACGAGGAGCCAGAUGUUGUAGCCUCCUCCUCUGGCUGCACAGGUAGUUCGCUGCUCGCACAGGCCCACCGCCACCAGAACCUCCCGCCGGGCUCCGGGGGCUCCGUUAUUCCACCCGGGAUGGAGCAGAUCGAGACCGUGUUAUUGUACAACGGAGACGAUUUGGAUGACGUCGGAGUCGGCGGCAGCAUGGCACCGGCGGCUGGCGGCUUGGCGAUGCUUCCUCCCGGCGUCUUCGAGGGGGAAUCUUCGCUCAUGGCUCGGCGGAAGAGCGUCAACACGACCGAGUGUGUGGCCGUGCCGAGCUCCGAACAUGUCGCUGAGAUUGUGGGAAGGCAGGGCUGUAAGAUUAAGGCGCUUCGAGCCAAAACCAACACCUACAUUAAGACUCCAGUCAGGGGAGAGCAGCCCGUCUUUGUUGUAACGGGGCGUAAGGAAGAUGUGGCCAUGGCCAAGAGAGAGAUCCUCUCUGCUGCCGAACACUUCUCCCUCAUCAGAGCCUCCCGGAACAAAGCGGGGUCUCUUUCUACCGUGUCCAGUCCGGGGAUACCGACCCUACCUGGUCAGACAACCAUUCAGGUGCGAGUUCCCUACCGUGUUGUGGGGCUGGUUGUUGGUCCUAAAGGUGCAACCAUCAAGCGUAUUCAGCAGCAGACCCACACCUACAUUGUGACCCCCAGUCGUGACAAGGAGCCGGUGUUUGAAGUCACCGGGAUGCCGGAGAAUGUAGACCGGGCAAGGGAAGAGAUCGAGGCCCACAUUGCACUCCGCACCGGAUCCUGUGGUGGCAUCGAAGCCCCCGGUGUCGACAACAACGAUUUCCAGUUUAACGGGACGGAUGUCAGCUUUGAAAACUCCUCGUCGGCGGGGUUGGGCGAGCAGGGCUGGAUCCAGGCUGGCGUCUCCACUCUGAGUGGUGGUGGCCUGCUGCCAGUGAGCAUCAACGGUACUCAGCGAAUCAAUAGCAAUAUCAACACUGGUGUCCGGAUGUCUUCCACCUACCGCAACGACAGCUCCAGCUCCCUGGGCAGUGGCUCCAGCUCCACUGAUUCCUUCUACGGCAAUGGAAACCAGCUGGCAGAUUUUAGCCCCACCGGCCCUUUUAACGCCAAUUCUAAUAACAACAACAACAGCAAUGGGGGCAACACCAGCUUCUGGUUUGGAGAAAGCCUGCCGCCUCUGGGAUCCGAAGAGCUGACCAGCUUGGGAGGAGGGGGCGGCUCCUCCUCAGGAUUCGACCCACUGACCAUCUCCACUGCCCCUGCCUCACACUCCGCUGCCCCGCCACACAUCUGGAGCCCCUUUGUGGACCACCAAACCAUUCAGGGCUUCGAUGCUCCUGCGUCUCAGACGAGUCAGCCGGGAACCCCCCGACUGUCCCCGACCUUCUCUGGCACAGAAGCCUUGGAGCAUCCUCAGGCCCAGCAUGUUCAGCGGGGGACCUUUGGCUCUGCGGGGACCCACAUCAACCACCGGCUACCCUCCUACUGCUCAGCCUUCUCCUCCUCCAGUGAGAGCACCACAUCCUCCUCCUCCCCUCCCGAGUCCACCCUCUCGUACCGCCUGGGGCUCGGGUCAGCGGGAAGAGCACAGGAGAUCUGUAUCCACUGUAUGGAUAACCAGGUGAUCGCGGCCUUGGUUCCCUGUGGCCAUAACCUCUUCUGUCUCGAUUGUGCCACCCAAAUAUGCCAGAGUGCUGAUGCCGUGUGCCCUGUGUGCCUGUCCCCGGUCACACAGGCCAUCCAGCUGCGCAACAUGUGACUUGAUCGAGCCUGGAUCACUGAAGAGGGAUCGGCCUUCCCACAUCUAUAUAUUGUGCAGGGAAAUUACAAAUGGUCCCAAAAUCAGAUCGGUCCACACUGAUGGUUCAUGGAAGAGGAGGGGGAUGUAUUUAGGUCAUGGUCUUGGGUGUUUACCUGCUCAUGUGCCUGCGAUUGUGAAGUCUUCUUUGAUUGGUUGAUAGAUGGAUUGAUCUAUCGAUGGGAGGGUCAGAAACCCUGUAUGUAGCAGUGGGUGGGGUGGGAUCUCGCUCUUUCUCUCUCUCUAUAUAUAUAUAUUUUCGCCCACGUAAAACACGAACUCAUCUCCGUUCGCCUACCUAUAUUUGUUUUAUUUUUUUAUAUUUGGACAAAUUGCGUUAUUCUUUCUUUCAUCUUAAUGAACUUCAAACAUAUUUUACAUACUUAAAAAUUGUCCAGUGCUAAAGUUGUAGCCCCGCCUCUUUUGUUUUGUUUUGCUCAAGGCACGAGCGAGCCAGUAAAGUGAGCAUGUUUACACGUGAGACCCACACACUAAAAUGUACAUAUGUUCUCAUACUAACCGUAUAAUAUUUACGAUACGAUAGUGGAUGGAUUUACAGUAUAUUGUACACAUGCUUCAUUAUAUCUAGCUCAAUAUUUCGGGACAUAGAUCAAAGGCGAUUAGCUUUACCCAUUUAAAAAAAAAAAAAAGCACCGCAUUGGCUGCGAGAUUUUUUUAAGAAACAUUUUUGCUAAGAUUUAUUUUGCUAAUUUUUACAGAGAAGAUUAUUUGUGACAUUAAAACAAAUUACGGCAAGGAUUGUAAACUUUCUAUAUGGAACACACCAUCUUACAACGCCACAGCCCAGCGCCGGCCUUAACCGUGAAUAGCAUGUUGCUUUGUUCAUAACUAGGUUGCGAUGAAAAGUAACGUCACACUAUCAGAUGCAAGUCAUUUUAACCUGUAGCCAUAGCUGCGUCUUACAACAUUACAGUUUGUUGUCGUCAUGACAACUUCAUUACAAACAUGUCCUUUUAAAGUUUUAAAUCUUUUUUUUUUUUAAUGGUGGAAAAAAGAGCACAACGUGGAUGUUACAUAACGGUAUUACAAAACAACGCUGCUCCUCCAAGUCUCAAUCGAUCAAUUUAGCAGAGCAGCGACAGAUACACUUCGGCUCGGUGCUGAACUGGCCUUAAAAACCAAAACACAUUGUCGCACUCACAUUUCCAGACUAAAAAAAAAUCAAACAUAUUAGUUUAUUGUGAAAUUAUGACUCCUGAACGGUGGUGGCCGCUUUAGGAAACGUGUCGCCACUGAAGAUGAAGGGAACAGGAGGGACUGAGGUUUAUGGCUGAGAGUCUGGAGUUGCAACACCAAAGUUGGAGAACUACUAAGUUACCGAUAAGUUAAUGUGUAAGGCAACCAACUUUAGCAAGAGUGAGGAUGAGAUGAAAUCCACUUCAGCUGAACUGGACUUGAUCAGGUAGCAGCAUGCAGCAGUUACCAAACUGGGUGCUACUGAUGAUAGUAUAUUUACUUCCCUUAAUCUUACCUAUCUCGCUCACUAACUUUAUACAACGCCCAUGAUGGGAAUGCAGCUGACUUCCAUUGGGUCAAACUGGGAUGGUAGUCUUGUAGUUGAUUUUAAUAUCUUCUUUUCUUUUCCAAACUGAGGGAGAAGUUUUAUUCACUUUUAUCAAGUCUUUCAAACUCACGAGAGGUUUUAGUUUCUGAUUUUAAGACGAACUUUGCAACUUGAGAAAGAAACAGUAACCCUCUCUAUUCCUUCUUGAAUCACUGUUGCGCUUUUUUUUUUCCCAACAAA